ACCCGGGGCUCUCCAGCCUCCCGUGCCCGUCAGCAGCAGCUGCCUGGCGCUCGCUUCCGCCGGCCGGGACGCGCAGCGCCCCGCGUUCCUGGAGCCGCCGGGGACCAGGGCGGUGACCGCGGAGCGCGUCCCGAGUCCCCGUCGCCCUGCCCCGCGCCCCGGCCGACGGCAUGGUGCUGCUGGCCGGGCCCGGGCCGGAGGGCGGCGGGGCGCUCUGCGUGUCUUCGCAGCCGCCGUCCCCACCGCGGGAGGCGAAGGCCCGGGAAGACCCCGCUGACUACGAGGAGUACGAGGACUUCUCGCGCCUGCCCGACACCCGCAGCAUCGCCUCGGACGACUCCUUCUACCCUUCCCUCAGCCGAGAGGAGUCCGGCGCCGGGAGCGCGGAGAGCGUCUCGGAGGCAGUCUCCGAGGGCGUCCCGGAGGCGGCGACCCUCCUGCGCGCCGCCUGCGCCAACGACGUGGGGCUGCUGAAGGCGCUGGUGCGGCGGGGUCCGCGCGCGGAGGAGGUGCAGGAGACCGACCCGAACGGCCGGACCGGCCUCAUUGUCGCCUGCUACCAUGGCUUUGUGGAUGCUGUGGUGGUCUUGGCAGAGUGCCCCCAUGUUGAUGUCAACUGGCAGGACAGCGAGGGGAACACGGCCCUAAUCACAGCUGCGCAGGCAGGGCAUGCCACCAUCACCAACUACUUGUUGAACUACUUCCCUGGUCUUGACCUUGAAAGGAGGAACGUGUUUGGGUUCACGGCCCUGAUGAAAGCGGCCAUGCAGGGCCGAAUGGAGUGCAUCCGAGCCCUGAUGCUAGCAGGGGCGGAUGUCCACGCCAGGGACCCCCACCGCGGGAUGUCGCCCCGGGAGUGGGCCACCUACACGGGGCGGACGGAGGCGGUGCGCCUCAUCGGGAGGCUGCUGGAGCGCCCCUGCCCGGAGCAGUUCGGGGAAAAGUACCGGCCAGAGCUGCCGCUGCCCCUCGAGGGGGCUCAGAAGCCAGGGAGCUCCAAAAACUGCUUGCAGAGGCUCACGGAGUUUGUGCGGUCCUCGCUCAUUUCCCGCGCGCGCCCGGGCCUGGAGGACGGGGGCGUCCUGGACCACAUGGUCAGGAUGACCACGAGUCUCUACAGUCCCGCUGUGGCCAUCGCCUGCCAGACCGUGUGCCCCGAGCACCCCCCCUGCGUGGGGAAAAGGCGGCUGGCGGUGCAGGAAAUCCUGGGGGCUCCCGGGGCCCCCGACACCCGGGCCCAGGAGAGGGACCAGGUGGAGGACCCCGAGCAGCAAUUCCGGACCUCCCAGGCGGGGGGUGCCUCCAGAGAGGGGCCCCCGAGAGCCAGCCUCGCGGCUCCGCCGCCGCCGGGCGCCCCGCGGAAGGCCAGCCUCCUGCCGCUGCGGAGGCGGAGCAGCGUGCGGCCCGGCGCGGCCGUCCCCCGCGUGCGCAUCACCAAGGCGCCCACGCCCACCUUCCAGCCCGAGCGCGCGCCCGCGAAGGGCGGCGCCAAGGACAGCGCCCACCUGCAGCUCCCCAAGUGGAGGUACAAGGAGGCCAAGGAGGAGAAGAGGAAGGCGGAGGAGGCGGAGAAGCAGCGCGUGGCCGCCGCGCAGAAGGGAAGGCGGGCGGCGCCCUGGAGGAAGAGGACGUGAGGGGAGCGGGUGGGGGCGCUGCGCCCGGGGAGCCGGCCGCGGGGCGGGCACGUGGCGCCUGCCGCUCGCCCUCGCCGCUCGGGGCCCCGCUUUCUCCUGCGGGACAGGAUCCUUGGGGGCCCCAGAGAGCCAUCCGUGUUGGUUCAGGCCGCACCCCAGAGUGAACCGGUCACAGCACAAAUCGCUCUGCCUAAAACCAGUUCUCCUGGCCAUCCAUACACCUGGCGGGCAAUUUGCCUAAAAGCUCCUACCUUUAGAACCUCAAGAAAGUUUUAAGACCAAGUUAUCAAAGGGCAUUUUCUGUAUAAUUUUGUAUUUUAAUCACGAUCAAAUUUGCAGCAUUUUACUGGUGGUAGGGCUGUUUGUAUUUAAGACAGUUUUAAUGCACUUACCUAACCCUUUGUUUAAAAUACUGUUCCUAGCAAUAAUUAUUUGUGAUAUCUCUAUGGUUUCAUACGGGACUUAGGAAAUUCUCCCUCCUUUUUUGCUAUUUGAUUUCGAUCCUUGCUUUUCCUUCUCAUUGUGGCUACACAUAGCCCUGUAUAUUCUUACUGAUUUGAAUAAGUGAUGCCAAAUAUUUGUUUCUAUUUGAUGGAGACAUUUUUUUUUACAGCAAAAUGAUCAAGUGAGACAGGAAUCAGAUUCCCUUGUAUCUUAUUUUUUUAAAGCUAUUUUAUUCAUACAGGAAUAACAAUGAAGAAAAACCUAUUGUCAAAGUAUGAGACAGUGCUUAGAGAAGCACGUAUUUAUUGCUGGAACUAAACUCAUUUUAAGCAAGGGAUUUUAGAUAAGCUGAUAUAAAAACUUUAACAUGUUCAAAAACAGAUAUAAGAGGCAAACCUAUUUUUAAUAAACGGGGGGCAAAUCUAAUACAUUAUUAUUAUUAGAAAAACAAAAGUAAGUCAUAUGUACUCUUUGAUAAAUUGGCUUGCAAUGUUCUUAAAAUAUUAAAAAGAUGCAAAACGGAUAAGGAGCCCAGAGUGGAAACCCCUGGAAUGGAGGGGGGCAAAUGGUAGAGGAACAGGGAUUAGAACUGACUGUUUUAGGCAAAGUCUCCUCCAGACUCAGUGCCCCGGUGUGGGCUUCCUUUUCCUUUGAUCACUGCCCGAUGCUCACUCCAUCCUCACACCGACUGUGUAGAAUUUCCAAGAUGUGGGGACUUUGGCAGAGCACAGAUGUGGCUUGCCCUGGGCCCUGAACUCUCAGUGGGAGUUUCCUGUCCAUACUUUUUUUUUUUUUUUUUUUUUAAUAAUCUGCCAAGCACUGAGAAACUCUAAUGAAUCUCUGGCCAUCUGGGCUGUAGAGUAUGGGUCACAUAGGCACUACUGACAGCACUUUAUUUAUGUCCUGCUUGGAAGCUUAGAUUUAAAAUAUUGCAGAGGGCGUGAGGCGCUGCGUUAUCCUUCUGCAUUCACAGGUCAAAUCCUGCUCACUGGCUACCUCGGGACCCGUGCCGGCUGUCUCAUGCUGUGGGUGGUGCUGGCCCUGGCCUCUCUAUUCCCUCCCACUCAGCACCACCAGGCAUUGAGCAACCAGGGGUCUCGUACUCACUCGCCAGCACCCUCACUAUUGCACCUUGCGCCUGAACUGAUGGGGAAGAGGUGUGGUGGUAACUCAGCUUUUAAAGUAGUUACCAGAUUGUAGUGAGUUCCGCCCGCAUUGCUGAAAGGCACAGAGGGCUGGGCCCACUUUGAGCAUCGCUGGUAGCAGCUGGCUGCAGGUCACCCUGGUGCCUAAGAGUUGGGAUUGGCCGAGUCCCCUUGGAUGAGAUGAGGGCUGGUCCCCAAGGUGGAAGCACCCCGGAUCUCUCUGACGGUCUGACCUAGCAUCCUUUCAGAUCCCUUUUUUGGUGUUCAUGUAUUUUGUUGCUUUGAAUGGCUGGCUACAGUGUCUCACUCAGGGGCCACUCCCUGCCCCUGUCCCCCAGUGUCAGGGCAGGGGCAGGGAUGGCCCUUCUGAUUUCCGUGUCUCCUUGGCUUUGUCACAUUGGUUCCCUGCCAUCCCCUUCGCCUCCUCUCUUUUCCCUCCCUUGCCUUUUCUUCCGCUGCCUGUUUUCUUCUCCAGGUUUGGCUAACUGCCUUGCUCAUCCCUAGCCCCACUGCUCUGACGUCUAAACAGGGCAGGAAAGCAAGGCCAUUCAGAGAGGUGGUGCGGUGUCCCUGUUGUGUGAUCACAUCAUGACCUCCAAACACACAAUAGUGAACCAAGGGCAGAUUUUUCCAGCGUCUGUGCAGGUGGUUUAGAAUCCCCCCCACCCCCCUCCCCGCCCGGCUUUUAGGGAGGGAGCCCUAAGUUUCUCUCCUGACAGAUGACAACCCCCCGCCCCCCCGCCCCAUAUCGAUGUACAGAGGAGGGAGGGUCUGGUGUCUGCUUGCACCCGGAUGUUUAUGAACUAUAAAUAGUAAAUUUCAACUUGACAGGUACCUUCUCAGGGAUUUAUAUAUAAACAUAGUUAGGGGCAAAGUGGAAGUAUGUUUUAAUACUUUUUAGUGUUUGUGUGAAUUAUGAUUAAGCUAGACAGAGGAAGUGUGUCCAGGGCAAUGUCAGCGCUGCUGUUUCCCAGGGAGAUAUCUGGGAAUGGCCUCUCGGUCGAGACUUCCUGGUUAUUGGAAACCCGGCCCCUGCUGCCCCAGUGGCUGGGGUGCACAUGCGGUCACUUCAGCGCCUCUCAGCGGCCUCUGUGGAUGCGGCCCUUUGUGUGUAUAAAGGGAAACUCACCCGUGGGAGCAGCGGUGGCAGUGAUAACAGACAGACCGUUCAUCGCUGUGACCUCUAGACCUGGCUCCUCCCCACGUGACAUGGGGGUGUGUGUGGAAUGACUCCCUCUCCUGUGUGCUCAUGUGAUUGAGUGUGCUGCCGCCGGCCCAGCGCCCAGCCCAGAGCGGGGAGGAGCAGGGGAAACGGGGCGCUCAGAGGCCGCACGCCUCUUCCAGGGCUCUGGCUGCACAAGGGAGACGCCCACAGAACCUUAGGGACCUUUACCUUUGUGACGUGGCUCCCGGUGGGCAGCAUGCGAUACUUCAGGAAUAUGAAGGCGGGAGAUACAAUCCCUUCGUCAGCUCAACUAAGGCUCGAGGCUCAUUUUGCCGAAAAGACUAAGAUUUCGUGAUGCCAUUUGGAAGUGGGACUUGUGGCUCAGAGGGGCCGUUCCAGGCUGCCUCCGCUGGCCGUGGUGACAGGUGUCCUGCGUGCGGCUGAGUGGAGACAGGCUGCUGUCUGAAACUGAAUCGCAUGCGGUGGAGCCGGGCCGGCCCUGCGUGGAGGGGAAGCUGCUGUCCCCGGGGAAGAAUCCUGGGCACCGAGUUGUGAAGAAACGCCUCCCCGAGACCUAAAUAAAUGAGCCGCGACUAAGGAGUGGGUGUGAUUGGGCUCCCGCAGCCUCUGGCCGGAGCGCUGUGCCUGCCCGUCCACAGUCCACACUACGGGAGAGAGAAGCCCUCUCUCCAGAACCCGCUCAGCCUGCUCCUGGGAUGAGCUGCAGCCCUGCUGCGAGUCAGCUGUUCCUCCUCCCCCAGGCUCACCUGCAGACUCACGCUCGCUCAUGUUUCCAUCCGCAUGCAGCACGGUUGUUCCCGGGAGUGUUAAGGUUUAUCUCAAGCGACUGGAAGCUCCUAGUCACCACCAGCCCUUGAUAUGCGAAAACGCUAGCACAUUGUCUUGUUUACAGUGUUGGGAAGGUCUGACAUGCUCAGGGCCCUCAGCUCCGUGGUAGGGAACUGUUGGGCUUCUGCACCUGGGCCUCAGUUUCCCCUGCAGCGGGCUCGCCUUAGCCGGGUCCCAUCCAGCAGCUGCCGGGAGGGCCAGGGUCAUCUGGGGAAGGAAGGGUGGACGGUCCAGCUCAGUCACUCCUUAUUAGACAACCAAGUCACGCUUAUGACAGAAAACCAUCCAGCAGACUUGUCGGCUGCCACCAAACACUAAACACAAGAACAGCUCUUCCCAGCUUGAGGUUGCUCUCUCCUCGAGGUGCACCUCCAGGCUUUUAAAACUUAUUUGGGCAUCUGUUCUGUAUACCUGCUGAGUCAGCUGCUCACCUCGGUGCCCUUGAAUUCACAUGCUUCUUCAUUAACAUUUAAAAUAAGUGGCUGAAGACCUUCCUCUGGAGGUUAGUUUUUGAAAGAAAUAGGAAACCCUACAACCACCAGGACUGAUGAGCUGAUUUUUGAGUGACUCAGGCGAAUGCCGGUGCCGCGUACAGUACACAACCUCCUCGCUCUGACCCCGCCUGAAAUAAGCCGAUGUGACAGGUGUGGCCCCUGUAGUGCCAUGACAGCCCUCAGCAGCAAGCUGUGCCAGAGUGGACAGUGUGUGAUAAGGUGUGAGUGCGUGUGCGUGCGCGCACACACACACACACACACACACACACACACACAUGCAUGCACACACAUGACCUGAGAGGAGACCUGGGUUUGUGCUCACAAAGGUGACUGCUGCUGUGGCUUCACUGUGGCUCCCGGGGAACGUCAGGGGCGGCCUGCUUGGACGGUGUGUAUUCAGGAGGACCGGACAGCUCAAGGCCACUGUGGGCACUCCGGCCAACACACGUGUAACAGCCAGUGUGUCAUAACACGGGCCUUCCUUUUCAGAGGCGGUUUUGCCCAGGUGACUAGUAUAGGAGCUCCUUGGUGAGGUUCCACAGCCGGGUAUGGGUCUUUGACAUCCUUGGCACGGAGGAACCCUGCCUCAGAGGACUCUGGUUGGAGAGUGGCCACCGGGUGGGGGCUGACUCCCUGAGACUUGGCACCAGGCUAACAUAGAAUCCACACUUUGCCCUGAAGAAGUGCUAAGAAGUUGGCCUCAGUGUUAGAUGCUCUACUCAAAGGUAACAUAAUUUAAUUUGGGGCUUGAGAGAAAUCGGUUCAUCAGACUGUGAUACCUUUGUAUUGUUUUUAAGGAAAAUGUAGAAGAGAAACAAAAAUGAGGCCGCCAUCCGGGUAGAGCGUGGCCUGUGUUGACCUGAUGCAUUAGGGAGUUUGGGGGGGGGGGGGGCGGCACAUGGAAGCACUUUAACACCAGUUUGGGAGCAGAAGUUCUAGAAGCUGGUUUGGAACCGCACAGCAAUGUCGAAUUUGAUGAAAACUAUAAAGGGAAGCUAUACACCCAGAAAUGUUACCAGCAAGUCUGGGAGCCUUUGGAACAUCCUGAGGGAUUUGAAAAAUACACCCCAUUCAUAGGAACAGGAAAAGCCAAUCUCAUUGAAAUUCUCUUCAUUCGAAUCGCCCUGCCUGGGACCUCCCUGGGGCCUGUGGAUGUGUGUGAGCAGGCUGCGCAGGGUCCCGGUUUCCAGUUAUGUUUCAUCUUGGGAUAAGCUCUGUUUGCUGGAUGUAAAGCUAUCUUUGUUGUCAUUUCUAAAAAUCCGGCAGGUUUCUGGAUAUUGUAAAAAACGUUGAGCCUAGAUGUGAUUCUGUAAAUUUCAUAGUGUUUUAUUUUGAAGUGAGAGUUUUUGUUUGUUUAUAAGAGGUAUUUUCCUAUUUAGACCUCAGGGCUAUUUUGGAACCCCCAAAUAAAUGUGACCCCAGCAGCUUUGGUUUUGAUAUCCAAAAGGUUAAUCAUCUUUAAGUUAAAUAUAUUAUUCAGCAGAAAGAAUGUACCUUUCCUUUUUAACUUCUAAAUUCUUGUACUUAAUGUUUUAAAAUUGUAGGGAAAAAAUGUGAUAAUGUAAAAAUGUGGGGAAAUUGUGGUUAUAGAAUUAAAAAUCACUCGUGAAAUAAACAUUCUUAUGGUACCAGAGUGUGAUAUUUGAAUAAACCUAAGUGUGUAUAAAUUAGAAAAUGAAACAAUGAAAUUUACCAGUAUUUUAUAAAAAUAUAUUUUUACUAGAGGCCCAGUGCAUGAAAUUCAUGUGGUGGUGGUGGGGGGAUGUUCCUCAGCUCAGCCUGCAUCCUCUCCAAUCUGGGACCCCUCGGGGGAUGUCCGACUGCUGGUUUAGGCCCGAUCCCUAAACUGGAAGUCAGAUAUCCUUCUCAAUCCGGGACUGCUGGCUCCCAACCGC